AUGACCGAGUACACCAAGAUGAAGAACGCCGACCUCGAGGCGCUGCUCAAGGAGCGCGACCUCCCUCACACCGGCAAAAAGGCCGAUCUGGUCAAGCGACUCCAGGACCACGACGCGCAAACCGCCAGUGGUGAUGCGCCCAAGAACGAAGACGAAAUCGAUUGGGACGAGGACGACCAGCCCGCAGCAGCCGCGGCAGCAGCCUCCAAAGCAACCACAGAUGCCGCCGCCGUCGCAAUCGCAGCCGGUGGUCAAGGACAGCCUCCAAACCCCCAAGCCGUGCCCAACCAGCAAGCCGACAUCGACCCCUCGCAGACAGACGACCUCACAGUGAUCCAGCCCGCCGCCGACGCGUCAACAGCCCAGCCCGAGACCGCAGACGCCAGCGCACCUUCAGAAGCACAGCCAGAAGAGCCGGCCAAGCCUGCCGUCGACUUUACCUCUGGACUCGCCAAGACGACCUUGGACCAAGAGAUUGAAAAGCGCAAGGCGCGCGCAAAGAAGUUUGGCAUGAACGAGGACGAGGACGAGGCCCUCAAGGCGCUGGAACGCGCAAAGCGCUUCGGCAACACCGAGAUGCCCGGCAAGCUCAACGAAGCUCUCCCCGAGCGUCGUGAGCGCAAGAGAGGCGCCCCCACCGACGGAGAACAGCAAGGCGCCCCCAAGAAGCGCGAGAACACCGAAAACAAGCGGGAGACUAACGAUAACGGCAGACGCGGUGGCCGUAGAGAUGGAGGCAGAAGAGGAGGCGCACAAACCCAAUCAAAGGCACCCGCUCCUGCUGCAUCCGCGCCCGCAAAGAAGGAGAAGCCGCAAAUUAGCGAGGCAGACCGGGCAAAGGCCGAGGCUCGCAAGGCAAGAUUCGCAUCAUCAUCAUAG